GCGCGCGGCAUCCGUGCGCCUAGGCCGGCCCUUCGGCUCCGCGAGGUCAUGGCGGGGCCGGGCCCGGGCCCGGGGGACCCGGACGAACAGUAUGAUUUCCUGUUCAAGCUGGUGCUGGUGGGGGACGCGAGCGUGGGCAAGACGUGCGUGGUGCAGCGCUUCAAGACGGGCGCCUUCUCGGAGCGCCAGGGCAACACCAUCGGCGUCGACUUCACCAUGAAAACGUUGGAGAUCCAGGGCAAGCGAGUCAAGCUGCAGAUUUGGGACACGGCUGGCCAGGAGAGGUUCCGCACGAUCACCCAGAGUUAUUACCGCAGUGCGAACGGAGCCAUCCUUGCUUAUGACAUUACUAAGAGGAGCUCCUUCUUGUCAGUGCCUAACUGGAUUGAGGAUGUGAGGAAGUAUGCGGGUUCCAACAUCGUACAGCUGCUGAUUGGGAACAAGUCGGACCUUGGCGAGCUCCGGGAGGUCCCACUGGCCGAGGCACAGAGCCUGGCUGAGCACUACGAUAUCUUGUGUGCCAUCGAGACGUCGGCCAAGGACUCGAGCAACGUUGAGGAGGCCUUCCUGCGGGUGGCCACGGAGCUCAUCAUGCGGCACGGAGGCCCCAUGUUCAGUGAGAAGAGCACCGACCACAUCCAGCUGGACAGCAAGGACAUCAGCGAGAGCUGGGGCUGUGGGUGCUGACUGGGGUGCCGGGCACACAGGCCGGGCCUCCCCACCUCUGUCUCUCUCUGGCCUGCCAAACCAAGCCCCGAGCUAACCCUCCAGGGCACCGGUGGUUCUAGAGUGGCUAGAGAGAUCCUGGAACUACCCCUCCCAUGACCUGCAUGUGGGCAGGAAAUCGGCCUUUGAGGAAGGAAGAAGCAAGAAACCUCUUGCAGGGGCUGCUGGUCACUGUGGACCCAGCCUGCUGCCCAAGGCCUUCCCUCAGUGUCUUCACAUUCCAGGACUGGCCUGAGCUGCCAAUGUGAACAGCAGUUGGGGGAUCCAGAAGUGGCCCCUCCUCCACAUCUACUCCUGAGCAUUUCAUAUCUUGCAUUUGCUGCAGCUGUGGCAGCAGGUAGCUGCUUUCUAGGGAUGCGGCUGGUGACCUGGGUCUUCAGGUCACUCCAGGGCCCCAGUGUGUAGCAGCAGACAACAAGAGUUAUUCGGCAACCAGACCAACAGGCUGUCCCGUGGGUCACUGCCCUGGAGCAGCCUCAACACCCAGCUGAGGGACCUUCUUCCUUUCUUCACUGCCAGCUCUCGGUUCCCAGACACCUCCUUGGGGCCUGGCUUACUGCCUUAUACACGACCUCCUAUGUGCUUUGAUGUCCAGAGGAGCUUCUCAUUUUCUCUGGCACCAAGUGUGGGGUCAUGACCACAGCCCAGUGGGGUCUGUCGUCUAGCUAGGGCCCAGAGUUUUGCCACUCAGAUUGCAAAACCAGUUAAUUCUUCAGCACUGGCUUGCAGGAACCUGGGAUGCGGGGAAUGAGAUAGGAAAGUGAACAUUUCAGAUGGAAGUAAAAGCUUGCCUCCCUGAGGCUCAGGUCUUAGAGGGACCCUUAAGUCACCCAGUCCGACCCCAGGUGCCAGAAUCCUUCCUGCUGUGUUCAGAGGCGCCGGUUCCCCCACUGGACCCAGCCUAGCUUCUGUGUUUCCCAGACAAAAAAGGUGAGACCCUGGCUGUACUUGGUCUGGCCAUUUUCACCUCCUUGGCCCUUUCGCCCUUAGCUGCCUCCACCCGAACUGGGGGGCUUCUCUCAGAGUGGCAGUGCUGGAGGUCCUGCCUCCCUUGCUUUAACACCUCCUGAGGUGCCCUAGGGCCCUCCGAAGCGGUCUGUAUCCCAUACAGGUGCCCAAGGCCUCCACAGCUCCGCCUCAGCUUCUAUCCGGCACUUCCUGUCCCCUAUGAGUGUCUUCUCUCCAGGCCAACUCAGUUUAUCUUCCCCAAGCCCUUCCUCCCUUCCCCAGCUUGCCAACCCUGCCCUUUUAUUUGUGUCAUUUAGGAUCCCACAAAUGGCCUGGCUGGACAUACUUCUGAGGAGAGCUGCCCCAUCCCUGGCUCUGUCCCUUGCCCAUAUACCCUCUCAAGCAGGAGUCCUUUCCCCCAUCCCUUGGCCUGGUGGUAUCCCUUGGGGCCGGGCUGAAGCCAUUUCCUGCAGGCUCCCAGUGGAAGCACUCUUCCCCUCCCUCCUGUCUGACCUCAGAAACAAAUGAUGUUAAGAAGGGGCUCAGGCCCCUGGGUGGGUUGACUGCAUGUGGGGUGGUGGCUGGCCUCUGUAGUACCCCCCAGGCAGGGCCCUCACUGUCAGACAGGGACUGGACUGCAGUAAGAGAAAAUAAGGAAGUGUGAGAACAACCCAGCCUGUUUCCUUCCCCCGGCAGGCUUGGCCCUCUCCCAGCAGCCCAGGGCCUCUGGGGCAAGAGGAGAACAGUUUAAUCUCUUCCUUUGUUUAUAAACUGCCUAAGAGCAGGAGCAGGUGUGGUCAGGGGCAGAGACGGGGGCUGGGGUAGGUGCAGGGGUGGGGAGGCCAGGAGGUGUCCUGGCAGCCACCAGGCCAUGGGAGAAGGGCCACCUGAGGCCUGGUUAGGGCCAGGUGACAGGGCUUAAAGAACAGGAAGGAGACUGGUGUUUUACACUCACAGUGGGAGCCUAGGGCAGGACAAGAACUUGAAGUCCAGACUCCUAAAGGUGUUGAAUUCUUGGCAGCUCCCAACUAGAGAGGUGGAUCUCUGUCCUCCCAGAAGGGGGUUUUGACUCCAAGGACACAGGCCCCAGCAGGUGUGGAGCUGGAGAAGCUCCUAAUUCAUAUUGAAUUCAGUUACUCUUCCCCAAGAGGGCUGCCAGGGGCCAGCCCCGCCAGCCUGGCCUCUGCCCACUGUCAAACCUGGACUGUUGGGGGUGGGGGGAUGCCAUUUGCAUUUGGGAAAUUUUUCAUGUUACCUAUUUAUGAAUAUAUGAAUCUUUAUAUCAAAUCUAUUUUUUAAGACAUGGAAAAGUUGCCUUUUUGGAAACUUAGCAGAGCCAGAGUGUACACAUUCCUAAACCAUUAAACAGAUUUCUGUAAUGA